GUCAGCAACAAGGUUUCGAAAGAUGAAGAGUCGGUGUCACAGCAGAGCUUGCCCGAAUGGAGCAGUGUUCAAACUCUCAAGAGUUCCAAAGAACCCGGAGAAGAAGGUAUGUUCCUCACGCUCAUGCAGGUUCUCGGGCCCUUCCUGAUCGCCGGCCUCGGCUCGAUGGGGACCGGGCUCCUGCUCGACGUUGUCAAGGACUGGCACAACUUCGAGAACAUCGACAGCCUGAUCACCCUCGUUCCCACCCUGCUCGGACUCAAGGGAAACCUCGAGAUGACCGUAACCGCGAGGCUGUGCACCGCCUCGAACCUGGGCAUUCUCGACGACCACUCGGUGUUGUUGCGCUUCCUGCGCGACGAUCUCUUGCUCACCCAGUUCCAAGCUACAAUUGUGUCACUUUUGGCCAGUGUCCUGACUCUGCUCAUACAGGGCAUCAAGGAUCCAGAGCAGAUUACAGUGGCGAACUGUAUCGUAGUGAUCUCCUCGGCGGUGGUCACCGCGGCGAUCGCCUGCCUCUUCUUGGGCUGCCUCAUGACCCUCGUUGUCUACCUCAGCCGAAAAGCGAGGAUCAAUCCGGACAACGUGUGCGCCCCGCUGGCCGCCUCGUUGGGCGACAUCUCCACCCUCGGCAUUUUCGCCUACACUUCGUUUUAUCUUUACCUUCUCAAAGAUCAUCUGUACAUUCCGAUCUUGUUGGCCAUUGUUUUCAUGUGUCUGUGCCCGAUGUGGGGCCGGCUCGCGUGGCAGAGCCCUGAAGUUCGGAUUCAUCUUCAGCAAGGAUGGCUUCCGAUCCUGCUCGCGAUGUGCAUCAGUCUCGGCGCCGGAUACAUCCUCGACAUCGCCAGCAAGAACCUCGAGGCUGCUGCGGCCUUCGUUCCGGUGGUCAGCGGUAUCUGCGGAAACUUGUUGGUGAUCCUCGUCUGCCGAAUGACCACGGUCCUUCGGCGACAAGUUCGCCUAGGUGAAGGCCGACAGCUGAUCGCAGACAUCCGGAACGACCAUCCGUUCAGCUGUCGGGGCAAACCGUCGGCGUUGAAGUCGUCGUUCCGAGUUCUGGCGGCAUUGCCGUUCUCGCACAUAAUAUUUUCGUUCACAAUAGCGUAUCUCACCAAGGGAGUGGACGCUACCUGGGUCUUCAUGGCUGUGUUCCUAUUAUUCGUUUUCAUUCACGGCUUGAUCAUGUUGCUCAUGACUCGUGAAACUGUACUCCGGCUGUGGCAGUGGGGGGUCGACCCCGACGUCGCCUCGAUUCCGAUCCUGACGGCGGUCGCCGAUUUGACCGGUGGUGCGUUUACUUGUAUAAUAUUCGUUGUACUUUACAGUUUGCAUGAUUCAAGUGUAACAAUGGCAGCCGAUCCCAUGACUGGUUCGGACGCUCUCCUGGCGACGGUGGGGCUCAAUUCCACCACCAUGGUCUACUAGUUGUCGGUACAAUUCCAUGACGACAGCGAGGGAGUCCUCAAUGUAUCUUCAUCCUAGGAUUUUAGUUUACAAAUA